CAUCGUUCACACUAGGCGGGCAGGCAGGCAGGCAGGCGGACACCCCACCACUGGAUAAUGUCAACCACACUCCCAUCUCACUGUGCCCAUCUCGUUCCAUCCCACGCCACUCAUCUCGCUGCUCUCCUCUGUGCGCGUGUGGCCUUGUGCAUACGCCGUUCUCAUAGAUCUGACUGUGCCUGGACCAAAACCAGGCAGGCUCCAAGAAGACGACGACCAACACACAGACAGCACUUGACACCUCAAGCCACCUGCAAAGCGAGAUCAUAGCAUCUGUCCCGUCCUUGCCUUGCCUUGCCUUUCCUCUGUGCGUUAGCGGACGCACGUCUGUCCGUCCGCCAACACAGUGGAUGACGACCACUGUGCCGUGAUCUGUCACUCACUGCGCAUGACGGGAAAACACGCGCACUUCCCACCAGUGCACCUCAGCAAAGCAUCGACACUUGUCGCAAAAGCAAAACAAUCUCUGCCUGCCAUCCCAUCCAGCCCAUGCGAAACGUAUACGUAGUGCAACCAUAUACCCCAGUUCUCCCUCUUUGCGACUUUACGGUUUCCCCCCGACAAACAACGCGACCAGCGAAGAGAGGCACCUCUCGCCGGUCGGUUUGCACGCCGAGUGCGAGCCCGACAAUCGCAACAGAGGGGAACGCACACAGAGAGGGACAACAAGAAAGACGACAGAGCAUCAAAUACAUCCAGCGACCAGCACCCACACACCCAAUCACCCACAACCACCGUAUGGUAUGUACACGGCAAACAGCCCGCCCGCCCGCCAGCCAGCUGACUAUAGAUACACUCACUGGCACACUCAUUCUCUCGCUCCCGCCCCGCCUCGCCUCACACCCAUCCGCCGCUAGAGAGGUGCAAAACAGCUCUGCUGCUCGCGGUCCUUGUUGACGAUAUGCACCAGCACCAUCUCCUCGACCGGCCCGCGGCAGAUGGGGCACAUACUUUGGUCGGGCGGCCGCCGCAUCCAGGCGUCGCUGCACUCACGGCAGAAGACCGGAUGCCUCUGAAAGCAAUAGCCAACCAACCAAACAGCCGACGCACAGACACACAGACAGACACACAGACAGGUCAAGUACACGUGUUCCUUCGUCUCUUCUGUCGUUUUGUGGACAUGGCCUUACACAGGGCAGCACAGCCAUGGCCAUGGGCCUGUCCAAGCAGAUGCAGCAGAUCAUCAAGCCCCCCUCCUCCCUCUCCACCACCACCCUCUUGUUGUAGGGGUGGAACGGCGCCAUGGCCACCUCCGCCUCCCGCGCCCUCCCCCGCCGCUCAGCCUCCUCCAGAAGGCGCCGCUCGAGCUUCUUGUCCGCCAGCAGCUUCAGCCGGUAAGCGUCAAGCUCCGCUCGCUGCUCCUGAGAGGAGCUUCUCAGGGAACUGACACAACACACCAACACACACGUGCUCGUCUGCCUGCGUGGUGAGUGACGUGCGUACCUUGAGGAGCGUGGCACUGCGCGUGUUGGUGAUGUUGCUGCGGUUGCUACGCGACCGGUUUGCGCCCCGCCUCCUCGGUCGUUGACGCGCGAGAGGUCCGCAAACUCGUUUGCACUCAUCGGCCUGCCUGAAUUAUGCACAGAGGACAGGAAUCAAAGGAGGCGAUGCUGCAUGUGCUGUAGUUAGCCAGCAGUGAGUGACGUGUCGACUUCUCUGGUGGCAGUGCAUGCACUGCUUACCCGUCAUGAUGAUCCUUGUUGGCC